GGGGCGGCCGGAAGCAGGUAGCUUGGGGAGCACCGGGCCGGGUCCUGCCCAUCCUGGCCUGAAUGGGCAGAGUCCGGCCGGCCCGCGCCCGGGGGAGGGAGCGACAUGGAGGGCGGCCUGGGCCGGAGCGUGUGCAUCCUGACCGGGGCCUCCCGGGGCUUGGGCCGCAGCCUGGCCCUGCUGCUGGCCCCGCGGCUGGCCGCCGGCUCGGCGCUGAUGCUGAGCGCCCGCAACUCCGAGGCCCUGAAGGCGCUGGCGGCCGAGCUGGGGGCGGCGCACCCGGAUGUGCGGGUGCUGUGCGUGUCGGCCGACCUGGGCAGCGAGGCCGGGCUGCGGCGGCUGACGGAGGCGCUGCGGGAGCUGCCCAGGCCGCCGGACUUGCAGCGGCUCCUGCUGAUCAACAACGCUGGUACCUUAGGAGAUGUGUCUAAAUGUGUUGUGGACUUUGCUGACCCAGCAGAAGUCAAUGGCUACUGGGCUCUGAAUGUGACCUCUACCCUUUGCCUAACUGCGGGGGUCCUCAGGGCCUUCCCUCCCAGCCCCGGCCUGAAGCGGACUGUGGUCAACAUCUCCUCCCUGUGUGCCGUGGAACCCUUCAAGAGCUGGAGCCUUUACUGUGCCGGCAAGGCCGCCCGAGAUAUGAUGUUCAGGGUCCUGGCAAAGGAGGAGCCCAACGUGCGAGUGCUGAACUAUGCCCCAGGUCCUCUGGACACAGACAUGCAUCAGGAAGGCAGACAGAAAACCAAGGACUUGGAUGUACGGGAGACUCUGAACAAGCUCAAGGACAGCCAAUCCCUGCUGGAUUGUUCCGUCUCUGCCCAGAAGCUCCUGGACCUGCUGCAGCAGGACACUUUUGAGUCGGGGGCCCACAUUGACUUCUUUGAUGAGUAGGACUGGCUGCCCUGCACCCCCUGGGUACCCCAGCACCUUCCCUGCCAUCCUCGGCUCUUCCCAAGUGCCUGGGAAGGAUGUACCCCUCAGCCUCUCCUCUCAGACAGGGGGUGUGACUUAGCCAGGUUGUCACUGCCAGAGCUGGGACUCCCAAUUCAGGGCUCUCCGCUCUGCCGUGAUGUGCCUUCUCCUCCAUUGCCUUUGGUUUGUUAUCUGGUUUCCACUAAGACUGCCUCUCUUCUCAUUCUGUCUUGUCCCUUUCUUCCCCUUCCCAAAAAGCCCAUUGGGAUCCAGCCUACUCAGGAGAGUUAGGAAUAUAGUGAUGGGAAUGUGUCAGUGAGUCUGGGGGGAAUUGGGGGAUAAAAACAGAGACCAAGUUGAAAGGAGAAGUGAUUCUCUGACCCCCCCAGAGAGUCAGAGAGGCACAGUGCUUACAAUGCCAGCUUGCAGUCAGCAAGCUCUGAGUGCAAAUCCAGCCACUGACAUUUACAGUGAUUUUCUGGACAAGUCACUUCAUGUCUGUACUUCAAGCUGUUCCCCAAGACCUGAAUCUGAAUUCCUAGCCUGGUUACCAUCUGCCUUGGUCAAGAGAGCUCUCUCAUUGGACUUCAUGCUGAAAUGACAUGGCAUUUCUGUAUGAAAGGCAGAGGGAGAGAAAGAUAGGAAAGAGAGGGGAAGGAAAGGAGGGAAGAAGGAAGGAAGGAAAAGAAGGAAGAAAGGAAAGAAGGAAGGAAGACGCUGAAUUCUCUCUCCUUUUCUCUUUACUUCUAUCCCUUGUAUAAGUUGUAAAAUCCAUCAAGGUAGAAAUGUGUUUCUGAUUCCUUCUGUCUCAGAGUAUUCAAUAAAUGCUGAGAAAGUA